AUGGCACCCACAAUCCAAUACGAGCUUUCGGAACCUCCAUCCGACGCGGUCUCCUCAGUCACAUUUGCGCCCAGCUCUCCAACAAGAUUGUUGGUAUCUUCUUGGGAUAGACAUGUCUAUUUGUAUGAUAUAUCUAGUGGAGAAGAGGGCGGCAAGCUGAUUCAGAAGUAUGAGCACCGAGCGCCAGUACUCGAUGUAUGCUUCGGAGCAGACGACAACGAAGCUUUCAGUGCGGGGAUGGACUGGCAGGUGAAGAGGAUAAAUCUGGAGACAGGCGAGCAGACCGUUCUAAGUAACCAUGGUGCACCAGUCAAGUCAGUUGUUUACAGUAGGGAACACUCAUUACUCGUCUCGGCAUCGUGGGACUCCACGCUGCAUUUCCAUGACCUCAAAAACGAAGGAAAAGAACCAACGACCGUCAAACUCCCCGCGAAACCUCACUCACUCUCAAUCUCCGCCUCCAAAUUAGUCGUAGCUAUGGCAUCCCGCUUAGUCUACAUUUAUGACCUCAAAAGCACCCUGCUCAUCGCAUCAGAAGGCGCCGGCGACAUCGCUGAUCCACAACCAUGGCAGCAGCGCGAGUCUUCUCUGAAGUUCAUGACUAGAGCGGUGGCUUGCAUGCCUAACGAUGAUGGAUAUGCAAGCAGUAGUAUCGAGGGCCGCGUGGCAGUAGAAUGGUUUGAUCCCUCUUCCGAGUCACAAACCCGAAAAUAUGCGUUUAAAUGCCAUCGACAGCCGGAUCCAGAGAGUGAGGGUGCAGAUAUCGUAUACCCGGUCAACGCCUUGGCCUUCCAUCCUGUCCACGGAACGUUUGCAUCGGGCGGUGGAGACGGUGUUGUUGCACUUUGGGAUGCGAAUGCGAAGAGGAGGAUUAGGCAGUAUCAGAAAUAUCCGCAAAGUGUAGCGGCGCUGGCGUUCUCCUGUGAUGGAAACUAUCUGGCUAUUGGUGUCUGCCCAGGGUUUGAAAAUGGACAGGAAGAUUAUACUGGAGAGGGAGUUACGAAGGUCUAUGUCAGAGAACUGGGUGAGACUGAGGCGAAGGGCAAGGGCGCGAAGAAACCAAUUGAACUUAUUGCUGACGAAGCCGGGACGUUGGAGGCUGAUUUCUUGGUUGAAUAUGUGACCGCAGACAUUGACCUAGAUUCUACUAACCCCAAAAUGCCUUUCUCCCCUGUAUUCGAAUUACAAUCUAGCCAUUCUGGCUCCGGAUCAGGCACUAGCUCAGGCCAUGUUAUCGCGUAUUCUUCUAUUGAUCAUAACGCUUGCGCCUCUAGCUAA